AGAUCCUCGGAGUAGAAGAUCUUACUGUGGAAGUGACUUCCAAUGAUGCUGUGAGAUUUUAUCCCUGGACCAUUGAUAAUAAAUACUAUUCGGCGGAUAUCAAUCUAUGUGUGGUGCCAAACAAAUUUCUUGUCACUGCAGAGAUUGCAGAGUCCGUCCAAGCAUUUGUGGUUUACUUUGACAGCACACAAAAAUCAGGUCUCGAUAGUGUCUCCUCAUGGCUUCCACUGGCAGAAGCAUGGUUACCUGAGGUGAUGAUCUUGGUCUGUGAUAGAGUAUCUGAAAAUGGUGUAAACCGACAAAAAGCUCAAGAAUGGUGCAUCAAACAUGGCUUUGAAUUAGUAGAACUUAGUCCAGAGGAGUUGCCAGAGGAAGAUG